AUGCCCCCCUCUUUUGGUCCCGACACGCUCUUGUUCUCAUGGAAUCUCUUCAUGAAUAUUCGGGACCCUCAUACCCCCCCAAGCGAACGCAAACAACACCCGGAAAUCAUCGAAAUUUCGUCAGACAGCGAUGAAGAUGUCCAAGCCAAGCCACCGACACGGCGGCCGAGACGUGCCAACGAGAGAUCUCAAUACCUCUCCCCACCACCAUCGCCUCCGUCGCCGUCAACAAAGAGGCGCCAGCAGCUCGCACGAAACGAUACUGCAUCCCGCCUUCGAGCUGCCCCGAGGGUUCCUGUUGGAGAGCCAUGUGGCGUUCCGCAUCGCCGACAAGCCAACCCUGCUGUGACUACCUUUCAAGGUGGCCCUAUUCUCUUUGCGGGCACUACAGAGACCAGUACUGCACGAACUAGUACUGCGCGAACUAGCACUACGAAAGCUGGUACCAGCAACCCAAACGUUCCCAAGAGAUCUGGCAAUCUCAAGAUCGAACCGCGCGAGAGUUCAAUGGAGCCCAGAACAGGUAUUUUCUCUCUCUGCCAAAGCCUUGGCAGCAGAUCGCUAAUGCUAUGGGGUCUUCAGGAUGGUUGCCACGCACCAAAUAGGCCCUUGGCUGGCGAUCUUGGUGCCGGCACUGAGCGGAGAAGAGCGGAGCACGGCUUUGCCAGAAUGAUGGCUGAGUCUCCAUCGGGUCUCAUGAUCGGAACAACCGGCAGGAAGUUGACUUUGGAAGGAGAGGAAAUUCCCUCAUGUGUGCUUGGGAGAUGA